GCCGCAGUGGCUGGCGGCGCGUCCGCGCCCAUUUCCGCCGGCGCGGAGCCCGGCCCCUCGGCCCGGCCCGGCGCGGCGCUCUGCGCGCUGCGGCUCCGCCACCUCCAGCUCCACCAUGCCGGGCGAGGCGGCCGCCGUGCUGGCCCUGGGUGUGCUCGUCGCCGUGUGCCAUGCCCUGGAGAACACCACGGCAGCCUUGAGCGGUCCGCCGGUGGCCGCGGCCGUGCGAUCCCACUUCAACGACUGCCCCGACUCCCACAGCCAGUUCUGCUUCCACGGGACCUGCCGGUUCCUGGUCCAGGAGGACAAGCCGGCAUGCAUAUGCCACUCGGGGUACGUGGGGACGCGCUGCGAGCACGCCGACCUCCUCGCCGUGGUCGCCGCCAACCAGAAGAAGCAGACGAUCACGGCCUUGGCGGUGGUGUCGGUGGUGGCCUCGGCGGUGCUCAUUGCGGUGUGUGUGUUAAUACACUGCUGUCGGGCAGGAAGGCGGUGUGAGCGGUGCCGCGCCGCGGCCGGCCGCCACGAGAAGCCCGGCGGGCUGCUGAAGGGCGGCGCGUCCUGCUGCCGCUCCGAGACAGUGGUCUGAGGGCCGGCCGCGUCCGCCGGCCGCCGCGCAGGGACCGGCCGCAGCGCCACGGAGGAGGCCGGAGACGGACACCGCCGCAUCCCUCCUUUCUCCUCCUUCCUCCCCGCGGGAGCCGCUGGCCGUGCACGUGGCUCGGCUCCACCUUCACACCGCCGCCACGGCGCGUCGAGGCCGCAGCGAGGUGCCAAGCGGGACCCGGCGGUGGUGACAGCAGCGGGACGGCUGCGGGGCUGUCGCAGAGCUCGAGCGUGGGCAUCGCUCGCCCCUCGCGCCGUCCGGCCCGGGCGCUGCGCCGGGGUGGCUUGGCGUCCGCCCCGGCCGGGUCAGCGGCCACGUCGCUGCUUCGGUUUCUCUCCCACUGCCGAGAGCGAGGAGUUGGACUGCCCGGGCGGUUGCUGCCGCCUUCUCUGCCGUCCGCCCCGUCUCCUCGCCCCGCCUGCCCGCCCAGCCCCCAGGAGAAGCGGCAUCGCCUCUGCCACGACGCCCCGGCGGUGCUGAGCCCCGGCGGUGCUGGACGCGGGGAGCGGGCUGCUCCCGCGUGUCGGGGUCCCUCCGCCGCCCCCCGGCCGAGCCGCUUCGCUGAGCCCGCACUGCCCCGGCGUCUCCCGGGAAGCGACUUGGGUUUCCCUCGCCUGCUCGGAGGGCUUGCUGCUGGGGUUCUGCUGCCUUCAUUUCUCUUGGUUUUUUCCUUUUUUUUUUUUCCUUUUUUUUCCCUUUUUUUUCUUUUUUUGAACCAAACCAGCAGGAAGCGAGCCGAGGCGGCAGCGCGGGGCCCAGGCGGAACCGGGGCGUCGCGUGGACCACGCCGGCUCUGCGGACAGAGACGAACUUUUAUUGAUAACGAAAUGAACCCUUAAUCCUAGGCAACCCCGCAAGCCGGUGCUCUAACCCCCCGACUCGUUAAUCCUUUUCCUAGUCUUUAUCAUAACCAACCCGAGGCUUUUGUUUGUUUUUGUUUUUUUUUUUUUAGUCAUGGUUACUCUAAUGUCUUCUGUAUAUGUUGCACUGAAAGUUAAUAUUUAAUGUUUUAAUUUAUUUUGUGUGGUUAAAUUAAUUUUGAUUUCUGUAAUAUGUUAUUGUGAUUUGGCUGUUCUUUUCCCCUAAUACCUGAAUUCUAGUUAUUUAAGUGAUAUAAAGGACACUUUUUCAGAA